CGGGGGCACCGCAUCAUGGCACUGCGCAGCUGGAGCGCGCUACUGGCGCUGGCCAAGCCCAGGCUCAGGUCCAGAGGCUCCCAGCUCCUCCUGCACUCCAUCUCUCCAUGCUCUCCAGCGAUUGCUUUGGUCCAACUGGUGGAUUUGCACUUAAACCAGACUUGUGGACACCCUUCACAACGCCAGCGCCACGCACAGCCGGACCCCCGCCUGCCUCACCCUGCAGCUGAAGCCGUGCAAUGGUUCCACACAUCCACCUGUGUGCUCCGGGAGCCCCAGGAGCAGCCUGCACCCACCCGAGGUGCUGCACCCACCCCAACACCAGCAGGAGGCACAGAAAGCCCCGUAGGGAAAAAAUCCUGGCACCAAAAAAUUGUCUGUGAAGUGAAGCAUUAUUACAAUGGGUUCCACUUGCUCUGGAUUGAUACUAAGGUUGCUGCCAGGAUGGUGUGGAGGCUGCUGCAUGGUCAGGUUCUCACUAGGAGAGAGAGACGAAGGUUGCUGAGGACCUGUGCAGAUCUUUUCCGGCUGGUUCCUUUCCUGGUGUUUAUCGUUGUUCCCUUCAUGGAGUUUCUGUUGCCAGUGUUCUUGAAACUCUUUCCUGAAAUGCUGCCCUCAACGUUUGAGACAGAGUCAAAAAAGGAAGAAAAGCAGAAAAAGAAAUUAAACGCAAAGCUGGAAUUAGCAAAGUUCUUGCAAGAGACCAUUGCAGAGAUGGCCAAAAGGAACAAAGCAGAUACAGGACAAGGAAAACAGUUCUCUUCCUAUGUGCACCAGAUUCGUCACACUGGCCACAAACCCAGCACCCAAGAGAUCGUGAGCUUCUCCAAGCUUUUUGAGGAUGAACUGACCCUGGAACACCUGGAACGGCCGCAGUUGGUAGCGCUUUGCAAAUUGCUGGAGCUGCAGCCCAUUGGCACCAACAAUCUGCUCCGCUUUCAGCUUCUGCUGAGGCUCAGGACUAUCAAGGCAGAUGAUGAAAUGAUUGCCAAGGAAGGAGUCAAUGGCUUAAGUGUGUCUGAACUGCAGAGUGCAUGCAGAGCCAGAGGGAUGCGGUCAUUGGGUCUCUCAGAGGAGCAGCUGAAGGAACAGCUCAGACAGUGGCUAGAUCUGCACUUAAAAGAGAAUGUUCCACCUUCUCUGCUCCUGCUCUCGCGUGCCUUGUACUUAAUAGAUGUAAAGCCACAACCUCUUCUAGAAAAUAAGAUAGGUGAAACUGAGGAAGUGAUGACAUCCAUUCCUGAAGAUCAGGAGACCCUGGUGGAUCCUGCCCCCAUUGCACAGGCAGGAAAGGUCAGAGAAGAGCAAAAACACAGAAAUGAAGAGUUUGUACCUCGGCCACCAGAGAAAUUACCAGUCUCAGAGGUGCCAGUUAAGCCACUCCAACAAGAGACUAAACUGGAGGCAUCUCAGAGCAGCAAGGCUGGUGCCAAUGGAGUCUAGCCUGAAGCCAGCAAGGACACUCAAGGCUGAAGAAAGGAGCUUUCAUCUCUGCACCUCCUUAAAAGGAAAGAGUGUCUGUCCUGCAGACUGCUUUACAAAGAGGUGUCAGUAGUCCUAAGGGGCCCUUUCCCUCUGUCUCAAUCUUACUAGCAGGCAGACAAUGCUACAGCUGUGAGCAUAGCACCAGCUUCUCUUUGUACUGCACCCCUACCCCCACCGUUUUAACUUAUGUUGUAAAUAUGUUCCUAUUUAUACUGCUGUCUCUGCUGUUACUCACUGACCAGGUAUUUGUGCUCCUAAAUAUUAGGAAAGACAGCUUUUCAUUUUCACAGGGGUCCAGGUGCAGAAUGAACUAGCCUGGAAGUCCAGAAUUCUGCACUUUAGAAUCCUGUGCAGGAGCACAGCCACACAUCCAUGCCUCCCAUCUUAUCCUGCUGCUGCAGCUUGACAGGGGCAGCCCAGCUGCCAUGGGAGACAGAGGUGUGCAUUAUUCAGCAUCCCUCUGGGUCUUGUGAGGCAACAACCUGCAGAGCUUUCUUUCUUUCUUUCACAAGCUGAGACUUGGUUCAAACCUUACCCAGCUCAGCACUGCGUCAUGCAGCUGCCCUCAGACUUUUUAAACAUGAUUCUUCAUACACUCCAGCGUCAGCUGCUGGUUUGUGGUAGACUCCACAGGAGGAUACUGAAACUGUUUUUAGCAUUUGUUAGUUUUUGGUGUAUGUAAAUAUUUGGAAAUUGUUUCAUGGACUGUAGAUAUUUAUACUGACUGUCAGAUGAAAGCUAGGCUUGGUGCUGCGUCUUUUUUAGAGGUCAGACAACUUUUAGAACAAUCAGACAAAACAAAAUACAGUCAUCUCAAGGUCGGGGAAUUAUCAGCACUUUAAACAUGUGACUUUGGGCUCUUAUUAGCAAUACAGAAUCAGAAUGCAGUACAGGGAUAGCUGUCUGCUGCAAGCUUAGCUCUGUACCUGCACCUCUGCCGUGGCAAUAAAACCAAUGUGCAAUCCUG